AGUAAGUAGGAGACCUGAGGUUCCAAAGCACAUCCAUGGAUACGCUUGACCCUUUCAAGCUUAGGUAGCUCCCCUUCGAACUCCCGGGAGCUCGACACCGUAAUUAGCUGUCGCCGACGAAACCGCCCAAGAUCACAGAGUAUCCGCCCUCCACAAUGCCAUGAAUCGCCGGUCGAGCUCUUUUGUAGCUGCGCGCACACCUUCCAGUGGGAACCCUCGUGUGACACGUAACUUCGCCUCCAACGUCGAAACCGCUGAAGACGAUCCAACCACGGACGCCGAAAACGCCAUUCACGAGGAGAUAGCCGAGAUCAAGAGAUAUGAGGACUUUACAACGAUAGACUGGGUACAAGAUGCUGCGCGUGAGCAGCUACGACGACGGGCGCAGCGGCAGCAAGGCGCCUAUGUGAGGAGAGGGAGUCGUGCAUGGCGGAGGAAGCUCUGGGAGUUGUACGAUGCGGGCCAGGCGUGGAUUGUGGUCACCCUCGUCGGAGCGGCAAUAGGCUUGAAUGCUGCUUUCCUGAAUAUCGUAACGGAGUGGUUGUCAGAUAUAAAGCUGGGGCAUUGCUCGACUGCCUUCUACCUGAACGAGAGUUUCUGCUGUUGGGGCGCCGAGGCCGGUUGCCCGGAGUGGAAACGAUGGAGUGGCUUUUGGCCAUUGAACUACUUCUUAUACACGGUGUUCGCCGCGAUAUUCGCUUUUACGUCUGCGAGACUGGUCAAGUCGUACGCGCCCUAUGCUGCUGGAUCAGGUAUUUCCGAGAUCAAGUGCAUCAUCGCCGGUUUCGUCAUGAAGGGCUUCCUCAGUGCAUGGACACUACUCAUCAAGUCAAUCGGUCUGCCGCUAGCUAUUGCGUCUGGACUGUCCGUUGGCAAAGAAGGACCUAGUGUUCAUUUUGCCGUCUGUACUGGCAAUGUGAUUUCACGCUUCUUCGACAAAUAUAAACGUAACGCGGCAAAGACAAGAGAGAUACUGAGUGCUUCUGCGGCAGCAGGAGUUGGUGUUGCUUUUGGUAGUCCAAUUGGUGGUGUGUUAUUCUCACUCGAAGAGAUGUCGAACUACUUCCCGCUCAAGACCAUGUGGCGGAGCUACUUCUGCGCUCUCGUUGCCACAUCUGUGCUUGCUGCUAUGAAUCCUUUCCGGACCGGGCAGCUCGUCAUGUUUCAGGUCAAAUAUGACCGUUCGUGGCACUUUUUCGAAAUCAUCUUCUACGUUAUAAUUGGCAUAUUUGGUGGUCUGUAUGGAGCGUUUGUUAUAAAAUGGAACUUGCGUGUUCAGGGCUUCCGGAAACAAUAUCUGGCACAAUAUCCCAUCAUGGAGACUGUCACUCUAGCCAUCUUGACUGCGAUCAUCUGCUAUCCGAAUAUGUUUUUGCGCAUUGACAUGACAGAGAGUAUGGAGAUCCUCUUCCAGGAAUGCGAGGGUGAUCAUGACUACGACGAGCUUUGCGAGGCUCAAAAUCGCUGGCGGAUGAUUCUCUCGCUUGCCACUGCGACAAUACUGCGAACGAUUUUGGUCAUCAUAUCUUACGGCUGCAAAGUACCAGCAGGAAUUUUCGUACCGUCAAUGGCUAUUGGCGCAUCAUUUGGGCGUAUGAUCGGUAUCAUGGUGCAAGCGCUUCAUGAAUCAUUUCCAAAUUCGCCAUUUUUUGCUGCAUGCGAUCCUGACGGCCCAUGCAUCACACCUGGAACUUAUGCUUUUCUUGGUGCGGGUGCCGCUCUCAGUGGCAUCAUGCAUAUAACAGUAUCUGUUGUUGUCAUUAUGUUUGAGCUGACUGGCGCAUUGACGUACAUUCUUCCCACAAUGAUUGUGGUUGGCUUUACGAAGGCAGUUGGCGAACGAUUCGGGAAGGGCGGUAUAGCUGAUCGCGCCAUAUGGUUUAAUGGGUUCCCAUUCUUGGAUAACAAAGAAGAUCACACAUUCGGUGUACCAGUAUCUCAGGUCAUGACGUCGAAUGUCGUAACUUUGCCAGCGGCAGGUUUAGAGAUUCGAGACGUGGAAAAGUUGAUGGCGGAUAACCAGUACCAAGGCUACCCCAUAGUCGAAGACGAAAACGUGAAAACUCUUGUUGGGCAUAUCGGACGGACGGAAUUACGGUUUGCCAUCGAUCGAGCCAAGCGAGAUCAAUUGGCAACCCAGCGAGCGAAAUGCUACUUCUCGCCAAAUCCAUCAGCACGAAACAGCACAGCGCCAUCUUCUACCAUCGUGCCAGCUGUCACUUUCGACACCAUUGCAGCAACGUCAGCGCAGGUGACUGUAGACUUCAGCAAGCUUGUCGAUCCAACACCACUAUCCGUGCAUCCUAGGUUGCCUCUGGAGACAGUGAUGGAGCUGUUCAAGAAGAUGGGUCCAAGGGUAAUAUUGGUUGAAUAUCGUGGACGCCUGACAGGCCUAGUCACUGUCAAGGACUGUCUGAAGUAUCAAUUCAAGGUUGAGGCACAAGACAACCCGCGUGAAGACUCCACAUUACAAGGCCGACAGGAGAAGCUUUGGGGUGUAAUUAGCAUACUAGGUUCCUGGUUUAGCCAGGCUGUGACAAGAGUCAGCUGGGGACGGAUCAAGCUGGGCUCAGACGUAGACGAUAACAGUAUUGAUGCUUCACCAGUAGCAACAAACCGACCUGAAGCAAGUCCGCUCACGGCAUCUGACGAUUUGGAGCUUGAAGAUAGACCAGUUAAUGGCCAUAUUGAACCAGAGCUAUAUAGAUAACACGCUUCCAUACAAUCAUGCGGGUCUGUUAUGAUAUGACUCUUCGUCCAGCACGUUUCUAGAAAUUGCAUAUUGAUUGUCCUUCGCGAACAUGUUCGCGAAUCCGUAAUACAAUCUUGAGAAUUGUAGUCCUCAAUACCACGUGACA